AUGACUUCUCAACUCAGAUUGAUGGCUUUCGCAGCCAUGGCAACCUUCGUCAAGGCCGCUGGAACAGGAACAGGCGCAACAACAGGGGGAAACGGCACCGCAGCAGCAGGAGCUUCAACAGCAGCACCAGUAAAAGACCCUUCAAACGCUGCCAUCUUGAACCAGGACUUUUACAACUAUAUAUUCAUCAUUUUGGCCUCGCUCGUGGUGGCAUUAACGAUCUGGAGGGUUCUCAUAGAGGUGACCAAAUACGUCCGUACAACCUCCUGUCUCAACAAUGAGCGUCAAGCAUAUUUCGCCAUCCCGUCGUCGAAAUUUGCCAGUCUGAAGAAGCAUUUCUUGUAUGCUCCUAUAUUUUCGAAAAGACACAACAGGGAAUUCCAGUUAUCUUCGGCCAUAAAUGUUGGAACAUUACCUACACGUUUUCAACUCAUAUUUCUCGCACUUUAUUUUGGUUCAAACAUCGCUUUUUGUGUUGUCAGUAUAAACUGGUCCGGACCGCUGGCUACUGUUUGCAAAGAAGUUAGAAAUCGCACCGGGAUACUUUCGGUCGUGAACAUGGUCCCUCUUUUCAUCAUGGCAGCACGUAACAACCCAUUGAUGAAGUGGCUCAACCUGUCAUUCGACACCUUCAACUUACUCCACCGCUGGCAAGGACGUAUCGUCGUCAUCGAAGCUGUAGCUCACACUGCCGCUUGGAUGGUCGCCACUGUGUCUACCAAAGGCUGGGCUGGCGUUCAGGCUUCAAUCAAUACCAGUCCAUUGAUCAUGUGGGGUUUGGUUGGCACAGUUGCUUUUGUUUUCAUCAGUAUCCAAGCAAGCUCUAUUCUUCGCCACGCCUUUUACGAGACGUUCAAGUACCUCCACAUUGCAUCCGCGAUCCUCGCCAUCAUUGCGGUCUGGUACCACCUCAAGAUUGCUGGCGUUCCCCAAAUAAUGCUUGUCUACGGUGUCGUCGCUAUAUGGGUCGCCGAACGCACUUUGCGAAUCGUCACUCUCAUAUACAGAAACGUAGGCAGUGGAGGAAGCAAGACAUUAGUCGAGGCUCUUCCAGGUAAUGCAUGCCGGGUGACAAUUGAUAUGGCUCGUCCAUGGACAUUCAAGCCAGGCCAACACGCGUAUCUUUACAUGCCAUCCAUCGGCCUCUUUCAAUCACAUCCUUUCUCCGUUGCCUGGUCCGAAGAAGCGGAGAAGCUGGACAAUGAGAAGCUUGCCAUGAACCGUCUAGAAGUUCUUGAGAUGCGAAAAACUACCAUGUCUUUCAUCAUCCGAGCACGAACUGGUUUCACGGCGAAACUUUGCAAAAAAGCAGAAGCUUCCCCGGAUGGAAAGUUCUACACCAAGUGCUUUGCUGAAGGCCCUUAUGGUGGUAUGCAUAUGAUGCAUUCAUAUGGUACUGUCAUGUUGUUUGCAGGUGGUGUCGGAAUUACUCAUCAAGUCCCUCAUGUCCGUGAUCUUGUCGCAGGCUAUGCCAACGGUACAGUCGCCGCCCGAAAGAUAGUCCUUGUUUGGAUCAUUCAAUCUCCAGAACAUCUAGAAUGGAUCCGGCCGUGGAUGACAUCCAUCCUAGCCAUGGAUCAACGCCGCGAAUCUCUACGUAUCAUGCUCUUCAUUUCUCGGCCGCGAUCCACCAAGGAGAUCCACUCUCCAUCCGCUACGGUUCAGAUGUUUCCAGGUCGUCCAAACAUCGAGACACUUAUCGACAUGGAAAUGGAGAACCAGAUUGGUGCGAUGGGUGUUACUGUUUGUGGCAGCGGAGCAUUAAGUGAUGAUGUUAGAUCCGCGGUGAGGAAGAGACAACACGCUGGAAAUCUGGAUUUCAUCGAGGAGGCCUUUUCUUGGUAA